GCUUUAAAAGUUAAAAAUUCAGUCUAACAUAUUACUACGUUUUUUGACGAAACUACCGGGAAGCCCUAGAAUGCUGGUGGCAUUCGAUCCUUCCUCCACCACCACACUACUGGUUUUUACUAGAAGUAGUAAAAAUGAGUUCUGAAGUUAAAAGCGCAAGCUCUCUUGCGGUCAAAUAUGACUUGUCGCAAAAAAUUAUGCAGCAUCUUGACCGCCAUUUAAUUUUUCCUUUGCUGGAGUUCUUGUCUUUGAGAAACACACACAAUCCUAAGGAAUUGUUGCAGGCUAAGUAUGACUUGCUUAAGGAUACCAAUAUGACAGACUAUGUUGCUAAUUUAUGGACGGAGCUCCAUGGUGGUCAAACAGAUGAAGCUUUGGCAAAUCAAUUUGCUGAGAAGAGAAAAAGUGUUUUGGAUGAACUCUCCGAGUUAGAAGAGGAAGUGCAGGGAAUUUUAGGUGUUUUGGAGAACCCUGAUUUGAUUGCAGCUCUCCGUCAAGACAAGGGCCAAAACUUACAACAUUUGCAAGAGCAUUAUAACAUUACUCCUGAAAGGAUCGCUGUCCUGUACAAGUUCGCCCAGUUUCAAUACAACUGUGGUAAUUAUGGUGGUGCUUCUGAUUUGUUGUACCAUUUCCGUGCAUUUAGCAAGGAUACUGAAUUGAAUGCUUCUGCCACUUGGGGCAAAUUUGCUUCUGAAAUUUUGACUGUUGAUUGGGAUGGUGCUAUGGAAGAGUUGGGUAAGCUUCGAGAAAUGGUUGAUUCCCGCAGUUUCAAGGAUGCAGCUGUUCAAUUGAAGGAUCGUACCUGGUUAUUACACUGGUCCUUAUUCCCCUUGUUCAACCAUGCCAAUGGCUGUGAUACUCUUUGUGAUUUAUUUUUUUAUACACCAUACCUGAAUACUAUUCAAACAUCAUGCCCUUGGUUGUUGAGAUAUCUGGCGGUGGCUGUUGUUACCAACCAGAAUAAUGCUAAUCAAAAGCCCCGUAAUCCCAGACAAUCUUAUCAACGCCGUAUGCGUGAUCUUAUUCGCAUCAUCAACCAAGAGAGCUAUGAGUAUAGUGACCCUAUCACUUCCUUUAUUUCUGCUUUAUACUCUGAAGUUGACUUUGAGAAGACACAACGUUGCUUGAGAGAGUGUGAAGAAGUUUUGAAGACAGACUUCUUCCUAGUUUCUCUCUGUGACCACUUUAUGGAAGCUGCUCGUAAGCUCUUAGCUGAAGCUUAUUGUCGUAUCCAUAGUGUCAUUAGUGUCGAUGAGUUGGCAAAUAAGCUGGAGAUGGACAGUGCGCAACUCAUUCAACUUGUAGAAAACCAAAACAAUGCUGCCGGUUCAACUGCCGCUGCCGCAACUAAUCAAGCUAACAAUGAAGAAUCAGAUACUGCCUCUUCAACCGCUGGCACUGGAGAUAUCAUUCCAGAGACCGAGACUACAACAGAAGCUGAAGAGCCUGAACCCGAACCUCAAUUCAGUUUCAAGGCAAAGAUGGACGGGGAAUCUAUCAUUAUUGAGCAUCCCAAGUAUUCUGCUUUCCAACAAAUUAUUGAUCGUACAAAGUCAUUGGGAUACGAAAGUCAAAAUUUGGAGCAAACUCUUUCUCGGAGCAUUGCUGAUCUCAAGCUUCCUUCAGCUUAAGGAAGAUAUGAAAAUACAGUAUUCUGUUGUACGGAAUAGGACGUUAAAGAUCUAAAGAAAACUUUUUUUUCAGGUUCGGUUGAUUGGUCCUGCCAGUAUAGUAUGUAGCUUGGUGUUGUAUAAAAAAGAAAAUAACGGAAUUAAUACAAUUUUUGUUAAAGUCACUACGAACAUGCGAUGGAACUCUUGUUAUAGAAAACGUAUGUUCCGAUUUUGUCUUGCAUCAUUCCGACCCAGAAUUUGGGUAGUAUUCUAUGUAAAU